AUGUUGGGCAUUGAUGAAGCUGGUCGAGGUCCUGUGAUGGGUCCCAUGGUCUAUGGUGCUGCCUAUUGGCCUAUUGCAGAUAACGACGCCAUGUGCUCCUUGGGCUUUGACGACUCGAAAGCGCUGAGCGCCGAGAGCAGAGCGCAAUUGUUUGAAAAGAUGCGGUCUACUGAUGGACUUGGAUGGAUCGUGCGACUUAUUUCGGCCGCAGAGAUUUCGGACAAGAUGCAGCGUCAGACCCGAAAUUUAAACGAGAUAUCGCGUGAUGCAGCCAUUCAAUUGAUCAAUGAAGUGCAGAAGAAAGGAGCAGUGGUAAAGAAGGUGUUUGUGGAUACAGUGGGUGACCCACGCCGGUAUCAGAGUUUUCUGACCAAACACUAUAACGGAACGAUCGAGUUUCGCGUUGAAAAGAAGGCUGACAGUCUGUUCAAGGUGGUGAGUGCUGCGAGUAUUGCUGCAAAAGUGACGCGCGACCGUGUUAUUAGCGAUUGGAAGUGGGAGUCAUCGUUUCUUGAUCUUCCAACGGACUUUGGCUCCGGGUAUCCUAGUGAUCCCAAGACGAAGACCUGGCUGAUGAAUUACAUGGACAAUGUGUUUGUAUUUCCAAACAUAGUCCGCUUCAGCUGGGGCACUAUUGACCCAUAUUUUGAGAAAGCUGUGAAGGUUGAGUGGCCCCACGAGAAGGAGUUUGAUAAGGCCAAUGCUUCAGUAGGAACCCAAUCCAUCACGUCAUUCCUUGCUACAGGUUCGAAAAAGAAAGCUAAGCCUGCAGCCAUACGUGCUGCUUUCUUUACAGAAAGGAAUAUGCACGACGUCGUUGAGUUUUAG